UUUUUCUUUUGUUCAGGUUCUUGUGUGUAAACGUCAUUCUAAAGCCUUUGUGCAUUAACCUCUUCACUAUUUUGAGUGUUUAUUAAGACAACUGACCAUGUUCCCACUCCUUGUGGGUGCACAACACUAUGACUGGGGUCGGCUUGCCACAGAUUCCACGGUAUACAAGCUGUUAAAGUCAAACCAUGACUGGGCGAAGGAACUAGAAACUUCUGUACAGGUACAUACUAACGAUGAGACAAGACCUUUUGCAGAAUUGUGGGUUGGAACGCAUCCAUCUUUACCUUCUUUCAUAGUCCGGUCUCCGUUGUGUCCGUUGGAAGAGAUUCUGAAACAGCAAAGUAGCCAAUGGCCUGACGAAGUUGACUUUCAAGAAAGCACAAAGUCACUGCCUUUUCUUUUGAAGGUACUUUCUAUUCAAAAGACUCUCUCGAUUCAAGCUCAUCCAGACUUGACCCUUGCGCAACAACUACAUCGAAACAAUCCCAAACAAUAUCCUGAUGACAACCAUAAACCUGAAAUGGCUGUUGCUCUGAAAACUUGUGAAGUAAUGUAUGGUUUUAGAAAGUUGGAAGAAAUUGCAAUGGUACUCACAACAUACGAAGAGGUAAGGGAAGUAUGUGGACGUGAAGCUGUAGAGCGUUUCUUAUCUCAAGUUGGUGUCACUGCUAGAGAGAAGAGACGCUCUCUUUUGAGAGAUCUUGUAGCUUCACUUCUGGAACAAAGCCAAGAAAUCAUUUCAAGUUGUAUUUUAAGAAUAUUACCAAAGUUGAGAGAGUUAAAGACAACUAGUAAUCAGAAAGACGUUGUGAAAUAUGCUGACCUGGUAACUCGUCUAUAUGAUCAACAUGGACUAGAUACUGGCGUAAUUCUUUCUUUAUUCUUGAAUUUCAUUACAUUGGAACCUGGUGAAGCCUUAUUUAUAUCGGCAAAUGAACCCCAUGCAUAUGUUUCUGGUGAACUCGUGGAAAUUAUGUCUUGUAGUGAUAAUGUCGUUCGAGCAGGACUGACUUCAAAAUAUAAAGAUGUUUCAACAUUGCUCGGUAUGCUUACUUUUGAAGAAGCGGACCCACAGAAUGUCAAAUUUUCUGGUAAGGUUAUCGAGAAUGGUGUAGUCUGUUAUACUCCUCCUGUGGAUGAAUUUGAAUUGGAACUUGUUCAUUUGAAAUCUAGUAAGAACUUUUUGGUCAAAUCUACUAGCCUUGUACUUUGCUUAUGUGGAGAUGGAAAAAUACGAUGCAACUGCAAGACUCUCAAGGAAGGUAGUCAUGAUUUGCCUCUUAGGGAGGGCUCCUGCAUUUGUCUCUUGAAAAACUCCGAAUGUACUAUAGAAAACAUGAGUUCCAAGGAGCUGUUCUAUUGCGUUGCGCAUAUGCGAAACAGUCAAGAUGCUUAACUGAAGCUCUUAUAUAUCUCU